UUACGACUACCUUUUCAGUGUUCAAAAGUAGUCCUCAGAAAAUGAGGAAAAUUAAGCGUAAUACAAAAUAUUUUAAAGUAACCGACCUUUUAAGCCUAAACGUAAAGGAUGUUUUCAUCCAUAUACAAAAACUAUAUGCUAAAAUAACGAGUCAGAAGAAGAAAAUUAAGAAAUUAUCGCUGAAGAUAAAGAAAUUGGAGUUUCUAUCAAAACUUGAUGCUCAUAUUAAUAAAACACAACAAGAAGAGCUUAAAGAUGAGAAAAUACAACAAAAACCACCAGUUGAUAAGAGUGCAAAAAGAGACGAAAAUGUUGCUGACUUUAUUAACGAAAUCAAAAGUCAAGCUAUGGUGAAUGCUUACGAACAAGCUGGAUUCAUAUAUGAACCCACUAGUGGCCUAUACUGGGACAGUAAGACUGGAUACUAUUAUAAUCCUCAAACUGACCUUUAUUAUGAUGGAAAUAAAGGCACUUGGCACAGACUGAAUCCCAUAACAAACGAAUUUACCUUCCAUUCAGAAACUGAAGCUGCAAAAGCUGUUAAAAAGAAUGAAAUUGAAGAAGAAGAGGCAAUAAGGAAAAUACUAGAGGACAGUCGACAACCUCUGAAAUGUCAAGAAAAAGUGUCGGUUUACGAUGAUAAAAAAAACAAGAAUGUUGAAAGUCGCAAAAGACAUUAUUCAACAAGUGAUGACUCCUCUGCUAGUGAUCAGAGUAAUAGAAAAAAUCGGCAUAGAUCCAGAUCUCGAUCAAAAAGUCGCUCACGUAGUCGUCAUCGUAAAAAGAAAGAGAAACGAUCAAGAUCGAAUAGUAAGACCAGAGAGGAUGGAGAGUUAGAUACAAGUGAUUCUUCAGAUUCCGAUCAAAAAUUAGAGGCUGAAUUCCGUGAGAAUCUUCAGAGAAAACGUAGAAAGAAGAAGAAGGGAAAUGAAUAUGAAGAAAUCGCUAAGAAGUAUCCACCGAGUUUACGAUUAAUUGUGUUAGAAUCUAACGUGAGCAGCAUUUCAAUGGGAAAACUCUUUCUUGUCACAUUCAAAGGAGGUACACUAGGACGAGAGGGUGAUCAUGAAGUUCUACUAACUGCUGAGAAUGUAUCAAAAGAACAUUUGAGAUUUAUAUACAAUAACAAGAAGAAAUUGUACGAAUUUACUGACAAGUCAAGAAACGGAACAUUAUUGAAUGGUAGAGAAAUUUCUUUGCUGCGGAAAGAAGAAUGUGAACCGCAAAGUCUACAUCAUGGUGACACAUUGGAAAUUGCGCACAUAAAACUAUUAGCUCACAUUCAUGAGGGUCUUCAGACAUGCGAUGAAUGUGAACCAUUUAAUUAUGCACAAAAACCACAAGAACAACCUGUUAAGCCAGUAGAGGAAUUCGUACCAUCUUUAUCACAUAAAGAACAGCUUAAGCUUCUUCAAAAGCGUUAUGGCUUGGAAUCGGAUAAAUAUCAAGAGAAACAGCCAGGUACAAAUAAUAAAAAUUAUGAAGAUCGUGCAUCAAAAAGACGAAUAAAAGUUGGCAGUUCACAUGAUCACGAAAAAACAGUUCAAGCCUCGGUCGAUAAAUCAAUCAGCAGUGAAAAUAAAGGUUUUAAGCUUCUAUCAAAGAUGGGAUGGAAUGAAGGUUCAUCACUUGGAAAAUCUGAUAGCGGAAUUAAGGUACCAGUUCAAUUAAAAGCACAACAAGGUACAAGUGGAUUGGGUCUUGAAAAUGUUUCGAAAAAUGCAUCACUGGACGGAACGAGUAAUAAGAAGAAGCAAGAAAUUUGGUCCAAAACUCAAGAGAGAUAUAAUAAGUUAAGAAAAGACGAUGAAAACUAAUAGCAUUUAUAUUCAUUGACUAGGAAAUUUACUUUAUUUAAUUAAAUGUGCUGUCCGAAAGCCGUCAAUAAAAAAAAUGUAAAAUUCUCUAUGAUAAUUUGGUGUUUUGAUAUCAUUAAGAACAUUUGGUGUGCA